GUUUUCUCUUUGUGGGACUUUGUCUGCCUCUUUCUUUCUGCAUACCUACGAUAUUUUGUCAUGCUCUAAGAGAGUAUUGUCGGCUUUCGUUCGAGGGUUCGUUGAAGCAGGCCCUUAUUCUUAGUCCUGAUUCCUAUCUUCUUCUCUUUCGCAUAGCCUCCGGUAGCCAUUCAGCAUGGGUUUCUUCCAACUCCCAAAAGUCUAUAUUCUCCUCUUAGCUGGAUACCUGAGUACCGAAGUAUUAGCAAAAUAUGCCGCUCCUCCACCUCCAGACCGAGUGCUACGGGCGGCUACCAAACGGUCCGAUUUAUUCCGACGCAGCAUGAGAAUUGAGAAGAGAUAUGAUGCUGAGUUGGCGUAUAUCGAAAAGGAGAACGGUUGGCAGAGCGAUUCAAUAUUCGCAUCUCAGGUUCGAGUAAGCUCCGAAGCUCCUGUUUUCAAUUUGGAAGACUUUGAGCACCACCUACAAGAUGUGAAGUGUGAAGACGGCAAAAUGAGACUAGAUUUUGUCGAUACUGUUUCGGCUAGGGACGCUAGACAUGCUUGUUCUGGAGACAACGGAGGACUGAUUAUUACUUCACAUGCGAGUUGUAACCAGGAGGGAGAACGAUCCGUCUUCGAGGUUCGUAACGUCGCCGUCUCCGCAGACGAGUUUUCCCUCGAGCUCUCGAUCGUAGAAUCGUCGUGGAAGCGAGCCUUCACAAGGUUCAACAUUGAUUUUGGAUACACCACUGAGGGCCAUCUCCUCCGGCGGCAUUCGGAUUUCCAGAAGGUACGCAGGCGAAGACAAGUCUCUGCUCCAACUACGACCGUGCCAGCCCAAACAACUGCUUCAGGCCCUCUCUCAGUUAUAGCAGAAACACCCGUCUCUUUCGCCGCCACGAAUAUAACUGCCGCUCCCCCGGUCCCAACCAACAUCCCGGAUGACGUAAACUCCGCGUCCUUUAACCUCGCCUUCCAAACUUUGAAUUCUACCUUCAGCGCCCCCAGUUUUCUAAGUGGGCUUGAAGAUCUGGUCGGCAUCCCAACUCUUCCUGUCGAAGUAGGCUGCAAAAACUGUACCACAACCGGCUAUAUACUCCUCACGCAGGGUAACUUCGACGUAAAUUCCGGUUUCAUCCCAACAGCCCUUGGCAAUCCAGAGGGUUUAGCACUACAAGCGUUUCAUAGUGGGUUUAUAGAGCUAGAAGCGAACGGCUUGACUGCCCAUAUUGAAUUGUUCAGUAAGCCAAAAGUGAGCGGGCAGUUUGCUCUCUCACUGUUCGACCUCCCGAUUGUGGGAUUUUCUAUCCCGAAGCUGGGGAAAGCGGGUGUGUCUUUCAACGCGACGAUUCAGGCUUCGUAUGAGGUGUCGGGUGGUAUCGAAGCUACGUAUGGCUUCGAUCUAUGGGUACCUACCAACUCCAAAAUCAACAUCCCCUUCCCUGACCUCGGCAAUGCAAGUAAAGCCGGUUUCGAUGGUGCCGAAAUCUCCGCCCUACCUUUCACAGCAAACAUCUCUGAUGUCGAGCUCACUCUCGGCCUCGGCUUCCGCCCUAUCAUCCCUGUCGGCUUCGAAUUUAUAGACGGCUUCAUCGAAAGUCAAGUCUCCGUAUUCAUGGACCUACCGAGUCUCGAAGCCAAAUUCUCUACGAAGAAAGAUGGCGCAGAUUCGGAGUGCAAUGCCCUCCCUUCCAACAACUCAACCAACCCCGCGAACAGCACAUCUCCGCAUUGGACAAAUCAAACAUCUCCCAGUCUAACAUCGAACUCAUCAUUUCUCCCGGCUUCCGUCAUCCCUAGCCUGGUAUCCGAAAUCGGUCCUCUUGUUCUAGUUGAAGCCUCUAUCAACCUCGCCAUCGGCGUUGGCGCCGCCUUCAGAGUCCCUAACAUCUUUGAUGGUAUCCCAUUUGAGACCUCUGUCAACGUUUUCGAAACAAAUUUCCCACUGCCAACAGCUUGCUUAGCAGCAAAUUCAGGGUUUAAGCCCGCCUCCGAGAUCCUACAGAGUAAAGAGGCUUCGUUUAUCUCUAGUGCGAGUAGCGCGAGUGUGGCAAGUAGCCAGAGCCAAGCAGCAGAAGCGAGUCGAACGACAGGAGCUGGUGGCGGAACUCCGAAUGCAUCGAUUACUGAGGGUGGAGGGCAGGCGAGACAGAGCGAUCCUCCUGGGAAUUCAGGAGGUGUGAGGGGUUUGGGGACGGGAUUCGAGAGGUGGCAACUUGUUGUGUUGGCGUUGUGUUUGGUAACAGGUGGGAUUAUUAUAUUUCGAUGA